UAUUACAUGGACACAAGCACAUAGGUAUGUGCUAGUCAACACAGAUGUCGUCACACCAUUUCAGAACCAACACCUUGAAAUACUUGCGCGGGAAAUGCCUCGAAGAGCAAAUCAUUAUAUUAGAAAAGUCCACAAUGAGACCUUUCACAUAUGGUUUAAAACUUAUGUUCAGACACAAAUGCAAACCACCAAUGCUGUAUUCUCUGAAGAAAUUAUCAAUUUGGCUAAUGGUCCAGAUCAAUUUGCACGAAGAUUCAAGGGAUAUGUAAUCAAUGGCUCCAAAUUUCGUACGAAAGAAAGUGAAAAAAAUAGAACCACUCAAAAUUCUGGGGUUGUUUUGAAAGCAGACACUAUGAGUUAUGCAAGUGCUAGGGACAAUAAUCCUCGCUUAGGUGAUGUCAUCUUUUAUGGUGUGUUGACAGAUGUGGUUGAGAUUCGAUAUACCAAUGCCAUGAAAUUUGUUUUGUUCAAGUGUGAUUGGGUUAAUGGUCUUGGUGGAGUGAAAGAAGAUGAGUUUAAAUUCACGUUAGUGAAUUUUAAUCAUUUGUUAUACAGAGAUAAUGCAAUAGGGGAUGAGCCUUUCAUCUUAGCACAACAGGCAAAGCAAGUUUGUUAUGUACAGGACCCAGUGGAUCCAAAUUGGCAUGUUGUUCUUAAUAUGACUGUUAGAGAUCUAUUUGAUAUGUAUUCAAAAGAUUCUUAUCACAGUCCGGCGAUGGUGCCUCAAGUUGAGUUAUAUGCACCCCAGCAAUUGGACGAAACUAUUUAUUUGAAUGAUGAAGAUGUUGGUUGGGUGAGGGAAGGAGUAGAUGGAACGACAGUAGACACGAAUGUUCAGAUAGAAGAAGCUGAGAUGGAAGAAUGUGACUGAAAAUGCUUAUCAAUGCCUUUCUUCAAAUAGUUUAUUGACAUUGUUUAUUGCUAAAUUUUUCUAAUUAUUAUAAUACAUUAUUCAUCAAUAAUUCUAGUAGUUACUCUUCUAUAUAAUGCUAGCUCAUCUAUAUGUAUAAAUAUAUAUAUUUAAAAUGUAAGAACAGCAAACUACAUAUGAAGUGUGCUAGCUUUUACAGGUAAUUGUUUUUUUUUUUUUUUUUUUUUCUGAACAGGUAAUUGGUUAUACAUGUCAAUUCUUUUAAGAGGAAUCAUUAUGUAUAUUAAUUUUUUUUUUUCUCUUAUUGCAACAGAUUAUGGCCCCCAAGAGACUAAGAGAACAAUCAAUGGAGGAAUUGAUUCCCGCAUCUCCUGUGAGAGCUAAAAAGAGUAGGUCACAAGCACGAUCAUCUCAACUACAUGGAUCAAUUUCGAGUCAGCCUCAACUUGUUGCAUCUAGGCGGCCUCAACCUACCACAUCGAAUCAAUCUCAACGACAAGCACCAUCUAUGUCUGUUCAAUCUCAACAACAAGCAUCAACUGUGAGACUGACACGGUCUCAAGAGACACAACAAUGUCACCCCAAUUUGUCUACUCCUAGUCAUGAGGACGAGCCUUUGAUAACGCCAUCAGAUGAAACAGGUGAAAUUGAGCCUACCAUGAACGGUCGGGGUGCUGCUUGUUCUAUUGCUGAAUGGGGGACUGGAACAAAAUUGCACAUUGAUUUUGAUACUAAAUGGAAAUGGAAGCCAAUAAAAGAAAAUGCACAAAAAUUUAGUACACAACUGGGAGUUAUAGCACGAAAUGCCCGAAAGGUCCCUUUGACAAAAGUUUCAUGGAGUGGUAUGCCUGAUCAUAUAUUAGAUGACAUUUGGAAAGAUGUGCAGGAUAACACGGAUGUCCCUGACGCAUAUAGACCCCAUUGCUUAAAGAUUGUUGGUAACAGAUGGAGAGAUUGGAAAUGUCGGCUUAAGAAAGAAUGGUAUGACAAAUAUGAGACCAAUGAAGAGCGUUUAGCCAUCACUCCUCCUCAAGUCCCUACAGACCAAUGGAAGAUACUUGUAAAGUAUUGGGGUCUGCCUGAUGUUAAGGAAUGUUCUGAAGCAAAUAAGGCUAAUCGUGCACUAGGAAGUGCCCCUCAUAGGACCGGUCGUACUUCUUUUGCUCAAGUGAAAAAUCAGGUAAGAGUACUAAUAUGAAUUUUUUAUUUUUUAUUUUUUAGCAGUGAUUCCAGAUUUUAAAUUCAUUAUUCAUUCAUUUGUGAGUAUAAUCUAGUUAUUUAGGAAAAAAUCUAUGGCCAAACUUGACAACAUUAUUAUAAAGAAAUUUUUUAUUACUAACAUGGUUAAAUUUCCUUUGUUAUUAAGAUGGAAGAGAAAGGAGA